GUGCAUCCGAGGUUGUGUUACAAAAUGGCGUCCCCAGUAAAGCAGCCAGCAGUGCUGGACGCACGUUUCUCAGUCCUCCCUGAUGCCGAGCUCAUCAAGCAGGGCGCCGAAGCCAAAGUGUAUCGUGGGAAAUUCUUAGGGAGAUCCUGCGUGGUGAAACAGCGCUUCAAGAAAAAAUAUCGCCACCCAGUAUUGGAUGAGAAACUGACACAAAGGCGAACAGCACAGGAAGUGCGCUCGCUUGUUCGGUGCAGGAAAGCUGGAAUUUCAACGCCAACUGUCUACUUUGUCAACUAUGUUGAAUUCUGUAUCUACAUGGAGGACAUAGUCAACUCAGUCACUGUGAGAGAGCACAUAGAAAACAUCCAGCACACAACAGGCUCGCUUGAAGAACUUUUCCAGCUUGCUGAGACAAUCGGCCAAAUACUGGCCACGAUGCACAGGAAUGAUGUCAUCCAUGGUGAUCUGACAACAUCCAAUAUGUUACUACAGCAACCGCCUCCGCCAUCAGAGUCAAACGUCCAUCCCUCCUCCGUCGUUAUGAUUGACUUUGGGCUGAGCCAGGUAUCAGGGUUGGCAGAGGAUAAGGGGGUUGACUUGUACGUCUUAGAGAGGGCCUUCUUGAGCACACAUCCAAACACUGAGGAAGUCUUCGAUCGGGUGCUUAGGGCGUACAGGGAAUCCUAUAAAAAGUCUGAAGAAGUGCUGAAGAAACUAGACGAGAUCAGACAACGAGGUAGAAAGAGAGUCAUGGUGGGCUGAUGCUCUGUGGGAGUUACAACCCAUCUGAUCAGUUGAUGGUCAUUGGCCACAUACUUUACAUACAUGAAGCUGCCUCAUCUAUGAUCCUGUACCCUUCCAUAAUGUAUGGUCUUGUAAAAACCAGUUCCUAUUUGUACUUUACAUGGAAGUGAAAGCUACGGAAAUUUCAUAACACAUUAUUGUAGUUUACUGGGGGAUGGAGUCGAGUCCAUCACAAGUCCCUGCAAGUCCAUCACAAUUCCUGCAGUCCCAAUUCAAAUCACAAGCUAUUCAAAUGAGCUUUGGCAACAACAUUUGCUUGUUAUUGUUCAUCCAUUGUUUCUUGUGACUGCCUGACUGGACUUGUGCAUGGACCCGUGAACUACUUGUGACUGGAUUUGUGACUGACUUGUGGGUAGACUCGACUACAACCCUGGUUACAUUGUGAUUUUCACUGUUAAUACCCUAACCAAUUCAUUUUGACUUAAAUUUUGUGUGAAAAUAUCUUAUGAGCUGAAGAUGACUCGGUUGGAUUUUAGUACAUAAAUAUUAAGUAUUAUAUACAACACCUUAAUAAAAUCCCUUCAUCUGAUUGGUGGGUCAUUGAUCACAUGCACAUGCAAUUGAAUUAUUUGUAUCAACGCACAGCGCAGCCGCACAGCAAAAAGAACAAAAGUUCCAUUCAACGGUAAAUAUGACAUUUGAUUGCAUAGUCACUUUCAACCUCUGACCAAUCAAAUGUGAUGAGGAUUCAUUCACGUGUUGAAUGUUAUGAUGAAUGUUUCACAUUUUUUGCCAGGGAAAGAUUAUUUGCCAUCGUUGACAGAUGGAAUGUUCAAUUCCACUCUGCUUCACCUCAUGGAAUGGAACAUUCCAUCUUUCACAUCAUGGAAUUAUUCUUACUAUUGCACUCACAAACAUUGAUUGUUAGUAUACCAUGAUUAUUGGACAGUUUAUCAUUCAUGAUGUUGGUAAGAUAUGGAAAAACUGUGGAUACACAAUGCCGAGCUCUUCAACUUAGAUACACCAUGUUCUUCCACUUACAUGUAAUUGGGGAAAAAAGGAUUACUGAAAUUGAUCGAUGCUAUCAGAAGUUAUGCAUGAUAUAUUAAAAAAAAACAUUAUUUCAGUUGAACAUGAAAUGCUUAAUGCUUUGAAGCUAUUCAGCCGAGUGAGAACCAGAGAUUACACACAGGGGUCGUUUUAGAAAAUAAAAGUAACAUGCACAUCUAAGAUUUUUCCUUGAAAAUGGGCUGAAAAACAGAAAACUUUGCAUGCACCGUACCCGUAGGCAAAAUUUUACAUGCACAGAGCCAAAGUCACAUGCAGUCAUGCAUCUGUGCAUUAUACUGCACAGUCAUUCAAAUACAAAUUAGAUUUUAAAAAAUUGAGUCAAGACUGAAACAUUUAUAAGUUUUACUUACAGAUUUUGUUGUUGUCUAUACAUGUAUAAGGAAAAAAAAUAAGUCUUUUUCUGAAAUGGUGAUAGUGUUUAGGUCUGUUUUCUUUUGACAAAUUUUGUUCAUUCAUGGAGGUAGGAAAAACUCCAUUGUUCAUUCUAUUUAAAAGAUAAUCUUUUUUGCAUAUAAGUAAAAUGAUCAGUGGUGGAAAGAGUAGGCCUAUGCAAAUUACGUGACAUUCUCACAGUUACGUUCAAUAACAUGCACUUGAUUCCUAUAUUAUUGUAUUGAAUGGAGCGAGCCCCUUUUAAUUCUAACUUGGUAACUUUCUUUUUGACACACCCUGUAGUUGGAAAGAUAGGCAAAAGUAAGAUAUGAGCGUUCACACAACUACAUGUUGAAAACUUGCAAUUUUGUGGAAUUGUCAUGCAAAUAAAUUUCAGGGUGAAUAACA